CCGCUCCGCGCAGUCCCUGGGGGUGCGCCCGCCGGGAACCUGCUCCGGUCUCUAAGCCCCGGCGGCCGGUGGGUAACUACCCAGAGGCCUGAGUCCCCGCGCCACGCAGCGACUGGCACGCAGCACCACGGAUCCAUCUGGGGAGGCACCACCGGCGCCGGCACACUGACACCCCGCGCCCUGGCCGUCGGCGGCUUGAGAAGCGAUGGUUGAAGCGACGGAGACCGCCGGCCCCGAGACCUUCGCCUCGGGAGAAAUGCAAGUCCGCCCCAACUUGCGCUGAGGACGCGCCACGCCCCCUCCCCAAUCCAAGCCGAGCUGGGCGCGCGUCGGGUGGAAACAGCGCCCGCGUCCUCGUGCCAAGAAGAAGCGGACUGUGCCCCGGGUCACUCGGACCUUGAGCGUUUAGAACUCCAAGGCGUGUGGGGACGGAGGCGACAAAGCGGAUUUGAAACCAGGAGUCGAGGCGGACGUGGGGAGCUGGUGCAGCAGCAGCGGCCGACGAGGCGGCGGCCUGGGGAGCCGCGCGGCCUGGGGGAGCGCCCAGCGGUCAUGGGCGAGCCGGCCGUCGGGCGUCCGGGGGCGGGCUGAGCCGCGAGCUCCCGGGCGGCCCGGGCGAGAGUCGGCUCGCGGCCACGGCCGCCCAGCGCGGGACUGCCCCCGGGGGCCCGGCCAUGGCCGGCCGGGGUUGCGGCUGCAGCUGCGGCCCGGGCCACCUGAACGAGGACAACGCGCGCUUCCUGCUGCUCGCCGCGCUCAUCGUGCUCUACCUGCUGGGCGGCGCCGCCGUCUUCUCGGCGCUGGAGCUGGCGCACGAGCGCCAGGCCAAGCAGCGCUGGGAGGAGCGCCUGGCCAACUUCAGCCGCCGCCACAACCUGAGCCGCGAGGAGCUGCGCGGCUUCCUCCGCCACUACGAGGAGGCCACCGAGGCCGGCAUCCGCGUGGACAGCGCCCGGCCGCGCUGGGACUUCACCGGCGCCUUCUACUUCGUGGGCACCGUCGUGUCCACCAUAGGGUUUGGGAUGACCACUCCGGCGACGGUGGGAGGAAAAAUCUUUCUGAUCUUCUACGGCCUCAUUGGGUGCGCGAGCACCAUCCUGUUCUUCAACCUCUUCCUGGAGCGCCUCAUCACCGUCAUUGCCUACAUCAUGAAGUCGUGCCACCAGCGACGGCUGCGGAGACGAGGGGCCCUGUCCCGGGAGAGCCUGAAGCCCCCGGGCAGGUGCGAGGGGGAUAGCUCGGCCGGCUGGAAGCCCUCCGUGUACUACGUGAUGCUGAUCCUGUGCCUGGCCUCCCUGCUCAUCUCCUGCUGCGCAUCGGCCAUGUACACCUCCAUCGAAGGCUGGAGCUACUUCGACUCACUCUACUUCUGCUUUGUGGCCUUCAGCACCAUUGGCUUCGGGGACCUCGUCAGCAGCCAGAACGCCCAGUAUGACAGCCAAGGCCUCUACCGCUUUGCCAACUUCAUGUUCAUCCUCAUGGGCGUCUGCUGCAUCUACUCCUUGUUCAAUGUCAUCUCCAUCCUCAUCAAACAGUCCGUGAACUGGAUCCUGAGGAAAAUGGAUGGCGGGUGCUGCCGACGAUGCCAAAGGAGGCUCCUGAGGUCCCGGAGGAACGUGGUCAUGCCGGGCAACAUCCAGGACCGGGGCAACAUCUCCAUAGACACGGAUGGGGUGAUGGACAGUGACACGGACGGGCGGCGUCUCUCGGGGGAGAUGAUCUCCAUGAAGGACUUCUUGGCCGCCAACAAGGUCUCGCUGGCCAUCCUCCAGAAGCAGCUGUCUGAGACGGCCAACGGCUGCCCGCCCCAGGCCAGCGCGCCCUCCCGGGACAACGAGUUCUCAGGGGGGGUGGGGGCCUUUGCCAUAAUGAACAACAGGUUGGCAGAGACCAGUGGGGACAGGUAGGAGCGAGGAGCGGCCGCUGGGCGUGGAGGCCAGGAGAGUGGGCGAUGGGGGGAUUGGCACCGGCUCAACUCUGUGCCGGGGCGUGUUCCCUCUGGAGUUGUCCUGUCACCCUCUGCAGGCCCAGCCUUAGAAAGCUCUUCUCCUCGGGCAGCCAGCCACCUUCUAGGGCUGCAGACCGAGGCCGGAGGCCCUUCUCCUUGUCUUUAUUCUGUGAGGUCUGAAUUCAGUCUUGAGAAUGAAUCCCAGAGGCAGCCUAAGACAUUGCACAGUUGUCUUACUCCCCUUCUUCCAGGGCUUUAACUGCCUAAGGGAAGGGGGUUUAAGUGAGUCUCUAUUUCCCUGCUGCUCUGGUCUUCGUUUGGAAAUAAAAAUCCUGAACGGAAAUCCUCAUUUUCCCCCCUGGAACCCUGAAUGGCAGGACCCACUGCCCUUCCCAGCCCCUUCAGAAAAGAGGGGGGGUGGGGAUGCUUCAGAAGGUGCCUGGGCCCUGGGCUUCCUUCAGAGCAGAUAUGUCCACAGUGCGACGGAUGGGGAAAUCACCUGGUCUGCUCUCUGUGUCUGCUUCUCUGCGUUUUGUUUUUCCUUUCUUUUAUCUUUAAGAUCCUAAUGCUGGGCUAAGGUGUCUGUGGGACCUCGGCGUGGUAAGAAGAAAGCUUCAGGCCUUUAAACUGCAGCCAAGUAGUGGACAGGCUCUUUUUUUUUUUUUUUUUUUUGCAAGGGAAGAAUAUAGCUUAACGUUCUUCCUUCCAGUGGUCACAGAGACCGUUUCUUUUUUUUUUUUUUUUUUUUUAACCAGGGCAUGGAGCCCAUUGCAAAGAUAAUGGCUGACUAUUUAUUAGAACUGAAAACUGAAUAAAUCCUCACUUUAUUAACUAAGAUUACAUGAGUGCUCAUUAUGGACAGUGGGGCUGGGGGCAGUGCCUAGCUAAACAGGCAUUUAUUGUGCACAGUGAAAAGAGAAACAAGAAAUUAACCCUUGGGCUUAUGAGCAUCAUCUUGGAUUCUUGGCUAGAGAAACAUUCUAGGCCAGAUAAGGAAUGGCUUCUCUUUGUGUAAUUUGUUUCGGCUCUGCCUCCUGGGAGUGUAACAAGUCUAGUUACAUAACCUCCUGAGCAGUUAAAACAUCCGUGCUGGGAACAGGGACUCUGGAUCUUCGUAUAUUCAGGAGAGAACAUUUUGAGACCCGAGAGCAGCAUUAAUAAGAGAUAGAUGUUAUUUUUAUAAGAUGGGGAUGGUGUACACGCGGCACUUUUAGAAACGAUGAGGAAAGUCGGCAUCGUAAAGACAAUAAAGCCGAGAACGAUACCCAGUGAAACUGAAAUGUUGAGCGGAACUCAUCAGAGCUGGGAGGACCUUAGGGACCAUCCCAUACACAAGAAAGAAACACAAGAAAGACACAGCGGCGUGAAGGGAUUGCUCCCUAUCCGAACUCUCAAGGCUGACAGCAUACAGCUAGGAGAACCCAGGUGUCCUGAUGGCUACGUCUGGGCUCAUCACCCGUGCUCCCCACAGCUUUAGAACCUCCCUCAACUGCUCCCUCCUAAGCUGAGUUGCCUUUUCCUUGCAGCUGGCACCCUACCCCCCCCCCCUUUUUUUUACAAUGCUGAAAGUACUCAACGGCAGGAGUCCUAUAAACAGCAGCCUGGGCUUCGAACUAAAGGCUGUACGGCUCCAAAGUCAGAGAUCUUCAAGUCUUACUUUGUGUUGCUCUCAAAGGAGGCAUCCUGUAGCUACUGCAAAACCAAGCUCCCCGGGGGCUCUGCUCUGGGGGAAGGCACCAUGGGCAUGGGGAGAGGAGCUGGGUCCCUGCCCUAGGAGAUUUCUUAAUCACCACAUGCCUGGGACGGGGACUGGCACAAAGCAGGCCCUUGCUUCUCCAGUCCAGUACAGUGACCUUCU